AUGGGACAGCGGGUAUCUCAACCAGAAGUCCGAGUCCUUCUUCUGGGUCUGGACAACGCUGGAAAAUCCACUCUGCUCUACAAACUGAAACACGACGCGUGCGUCACCACCGUUCCCACCAUCGGUUUCAACGUGGAAAUGAUUGACGCGAAAAAGAACAGGAAGAACAUCUGCUUAACCGUGUGGGACGUCGGCGGUCAGGGGAAGAUGCGCGAACACUGGCAGAAGUUCUACCAGGACACCGCGGCGAUUGUGUUCGUUGUGGACAGCUCCGACCGGGAGCGUAUGAAAGAGGCGUGCCGGGAGCUGGAGAACACCCUGAAGAACAGCCUGCUGCGCGGCCGACCGCUGAUCCUCCUCGCCAACAAGCAGGACGUGAACGGCGCCCUGACGGUCACCGAAAUCAAAGACAGAUUCAACCUGAGGAAGAUGUGCUCAGGGCGGGACUGGUUCGUUCAGCCUUGUUCCGCGACGACUGGAUUUGGAGUUGAGGAGGGCUUCAGGAGAGUGGUCCAAAUGGUCAAACUCCCGUCAGAGCCUGGUGCAGUGAAAGACAACAUCAAGGACACAGUGCACUACCUCAGAACGACUACCAAACGUUAAGAUUAAUUUAAAAGAAAUCAGCCGUUUUCAAACCACUGACAAUAUGAUGAAUGCAUUGUGUUUGUUCUAAACUUAAACUCCAACUUUUCAAAGAGAUCUGACUUUUAAGAUACGUUUCCAUUGUUAAGUGAUUCUUGUGCGCACCCAGCUGAAGCUAUAUUAGUUUGCAAGUAAUGAGUGAUGGAGAAAGAUGCAAGUGUGGAUUAAAACCACUGUUGUCUGUACGAUAACUACACUA